GACAGACGACACUCAAACAGGUGUUCCGUCUGUUCGCGCCGCGCGCGCGCGCUCCUCCCGCUCCGCUUUGAUGGGGCUGCGCGUGAGAGGAGGAGACAGGCUCCAUCUCCGUCUGAGGAGGAGGAAGAGGAGGGGAGCGACGUCCCCACGGGACAGGCCGCCGACCCACGCGGCUAACAGGUGUGUCUGAUCUCCGUGCGUGUUCUCCAGCUUCAUUGUUCUACAAAUGGCACCAAAGCGCAGCCGCGAGUCUCCUCCGCGCGCACCUCCUCUGUGGCUCCGCUGAGGAGGAAGCAGGAGGUCCGAACGGUCCGUUUAAAUACUAAACUUGAAUCUCUCCGACUGCGUGUGGAGUUGGGGUGUUUUUUUUUGUGUUUUUUGAACAGCUUCGGGUUGAUUUCCUGUCUGCUGUUUGUCCGAGAGGAACCCAAAUCGAACCGGAUUCUGCCUCCAGACAACAAGUGGGGCUUUGAUUCAAAGUGUUUCAUGAUGACCACGAGAAGAGCCCACGGCGCCGUGGACGCGGUGACCUCCUCCUCCCACGAGAACCAGAACCAGCGCAGGAGUCCCGGCGCCCGCAGCGGCGCGGCUCCGGCGCCCGGAGGUCCGGAGAUGUUCAGUGAAUUUCAGGACUGGUGCCUGCGGACGUACGGGGACUCCGGAAAGACCAAAACCGUCACCCGGCGGAAGUACAACAAAAUCCUGCAGACCCUGAUCCAGGGGGACGAGGAGAACAGCAGCGCGGUGUUCGUGCACGAGAAGAGCACCAACCACAUCAACGCCAAAUUCAAGUUCUGGGUCAAGUCCAAAGGGUUCCAGGUCGGGACGCUGCAGGACGCAAAGAACGGAUCUGCGGACCGACCGGUGCUGUUCGUCCCCAUCAAGACAACGUGUGUGGACAGCAUAUCCGGCAGCGACUCAUCCCUGAAGCGCGUGGCAGUGGUGGAGGAUUUCUUCGAUAUCAUCUACGAGAUGCAUGUGGAGAUCGGCAGUGACCUCAGCAAAGCCCCAAAACACGCCGGACAGAAGAAGACCUACAAAGCUAUCGCGGAGACGUACGCCUUCCUGCCCAGAGAGGCGGUGACUCGUUUCCUGAUGAGCUGUGGAGAAUGUCAGAAAAGGAUGCACAUCAGCACCGUGGGACAGGAGCACAAAGAAAACGACAGACCGACCUCUCUGGCAUCAGACGUGAUCGACUACAAUGUUCCUCUGACCACCACAUACAUGAAGCAGAUGAAGCUGCAGAGUCUGAGCAGCAACAAGGAUGACAGCUCACUGAGCAGCGAGGAGGAGGCAGAGAUGAGCGAGCCCACAUGGCUAACAGCUGAUCUGGGAACAGUGUCGGACCUGAGCCCGUCGAGUCGAGGAGGAGACAGGAUGCGCCACAGUCCUCAAAACUCUCACAACAAGGAGGAUGACGAUGAUUCAUCGUCUGAGAGCGGCAGCGGCAAUGGCUUACCGGCCCUGACUCCUCCCUCCUCUGCUAUGACAGACAGCGCUAUCGUCAGGGAGACAGAAGUCGUCAAUGGCAACGGGGUCCCUGCCCCACUGGACUUCAGCACACCUACUUCCUCUUCGUCGUCUUCAGAGGACCAUCAGCCAGUCAACUUGAGUGACCCACCGACCAAGCGCCUCCCCCUGCCCACCUCCCACCUGCCCGUCACCGUUUCUGCAGCAGCCGCGGCACUGUUGGGUGCACUACAUCCUAACGCACCCGAGGAGCUCCGUAGGAAGUACCCGUUGGCUUCCAAACCUCCACUGGCUCCACACCCGGCAAUGCCCCUGCCACACACGCACACACCUCACACACAUAAUGCACACACUCCCAAUGUGCACUCUGCCGAGCUGCGACUGGACCGUGAUGUCAAGGAGUAUGGGUGCAAGUCCCCUCAGUACAGUUUGGGCAGCAGCUACGAUGGAGUGAAAAUGGACAUGUGUGCUGAGGACUUGACCACAGGUCGCCACAGCGGCCAGGUUGCCCCCGAUGAUGACGAUGAUGAGCAUGAUGACCACGAUGACAAUGACAAGAUCAACGACACAGAGGGCGUCGACCCAGAGAGACUAAAAGCCUUUAAUAUGUUUGUGCGUCUCUUUGUGGAUGAGAACUUGGAUCGGAUGGUGCCCAUCUCCAAGCAGCCCAAAGAGAAGAUCCAGGCCAUCAUUGAGUCCUGCAGCAGACAGUUCCCAGAGUUCCAGGAACGUGCCCGCAAGCGUAUCCGCACCUACCUCAAAUCCUGCCGGCGUAUGAAGAAAAACGGCAUGGAGACCCGUCCUACACCACCUCACCUCACCUCGGCCAUGGCUGAGAACAUCCUGGCUGCUGCCUGUGAGAGCGAAUCGCGUAACGCAGCAAAGAGGAUGCGCCUAGAAGCCUACCAUGAUGAGCAGAUUUCCCUGGACAAGCCCUCCAGUGGUGGAGGAGGUCUGAGGGAGCCGGCAUCCCUGGUCCAUUCCGCCUACUCUCUAUCAGCCUUCCCCUCCCAGGACACCCAGCUCUACAUCAACGGAGCUGGACUAAGCUACGGUUACCGUGGAUACCCGGGCCUGGGGGCUGCCAUGCAACACCCUGUUUCCUUGACAACCGGCACUGCUGUUCAGAGCAACGGCCCAACAGACCUCAGCAUGAAGUCUCUCGCCUCCAGCAUCAAUAACUCCUCCUCCUUAACCGUCUCCACCAAUAACAGCCUGGGUGGGCGGGGCAGUGGCAGUACAGGAGGGGGUGGAGCUUCAACUCAGCUCAGCCCGCCAGAAAUCACAGCUGUACGUCAGCUGAUUGCUGGAUAUCGGGAAUCGGCUGCCUUCUUGCUUCGCUCGGCAGACGAGUUGGAGAAUCUCAUCCUGCAGCAGAACUGAUUUAUUUUUAUUUAUUUUUUGGAGGUGGGGGAACAAACACACAGAUCAUUGUUUGUUUUGUGUUUGUCAGCGUCUUGUUGACCCCUCGUCCUUAUUUUGGGAUUUGUGAAUUUGGACAUAUUUCCUCGUCUGCCUUCUUUUUGGAAAUGUUGUUCUUGUGUGGCUUCAGGAGGAGUAUGUGGGGAAUCAGUGGUGCAGAGCAGCUGACCGGUUUCUCUCUGCCACCCACAAAACAAUCUCCUAUGGCCGCGAAGCUCCUUUCAGCCAGACGAAAAAGCGUUGAAAACAUAAGUACGUUCUGUUCCUUCCUCUAAAUCAGCACUACACUCUGUGCUGGAGUGUGCAGGAACGAAGAAGAAAACUGCAAAGGUGACGUUUCUGCUGCUGUGAUUUCAGGAAAAGAAAAAGACUGCCCUCAUGUGGUGAGGGGAAAAAUUAGGGGCACCAUUUUUUUUAUUUCCGUCAUUGAAUUCCAGUGGUUUUGAUUUACAGGCACUAUGGGAGGUGCUGUUGUUUGACUGUAACAAUUAAGUAAAUUUCCGUUCCUUUAAUUAUUACUACUGAAGAUGGUUGAAGUGCUUAUGCUUACAAUCUUGAUUUGUUCCUUUGGGGGAUUUUUUUUAACACUUCCAAAGUAAUCUGGUGAGUUGAGCACUAAUUACAGAAAAAUCAGCCCCACUGUGAGUCCACUGGGACUGAACGAUAAAAGCUGGAAAUGAAAAAUAAGUUUGUAUUGAUUUGAAAAAAAAAAAAAAACUUUGUGCUUGCUUGUAUAUAAGCUCUGUGUGUCUUACAGCACUUUUCCCCUCACCUGGACAACUCACCCAAAACCUCCUCACCCGUUUGACCCAGGGAGCAACUCGCUACUUAUGCAUCCAAGAGGCCAUGUUGACCACCUUUAAAUACCUCAGAUCAGAUCUGCCAACUUUAUUUUUCCGUUCCUUGAAACCCUGUGCACUCUGUCUGCAAACCAGGACUAGUUUACGUUGACCACCACCUGACAUCUUCAGGGUUUAUUUUGGAGGGGAG